AUGAUCACCUCCACAAAGCGCAGAGUCCUGGAUGGACUGAACCGGCGGUAUAUCUACGGUCGCGUGCCACUUCUGCACACCAUAAUCCUCAUCAUCGAGAUGGCUGUUGCUGCGCGCAUUGCCAGCAAGUUUAAUUCCUACUAUGCCGAGAAGCCAGUCCUCACAACGAUGGUCACCAACGCUGUCUUGGGAGGUGUCGCCGAUACGGUGGCGCAACUGAUCACAGCCGUCCAAGCUCGUCGAGCACAGGGGUCCCGCGAGCAUAGCGACUUCAUUUCCAUCGAGUUUCACGAUCUGGACAAAGGCAGGCCGCCAGUCCUUGGUGAACUCGGUGCCGCGAUGCCCUCACCGGCACCGUUUGACUUCGAACGGGUCACUCGCUUCAUGGCUUAUGGCUUCUUCAUGGCUCCGGUUCAGUUCCAGUGGUUUGGCUUCCUGUCGCGUGCGUUCCCUCUCACCAAGGUGAACCCCAGUGUUCCGGUGUUCAAGCGCGUUGCCUUUGAUCAGUUGAUAUUCGCGCCUUUUGGCCUGGCAUGUUUCUUCACUUUUAUGACCAUCGCCGAGGGAGGAGGCAAGAGGGCGUUAACCCAGAAGUUCCGAGAUGUGUACUUGCCCACCUUGAAAGCAAACUUUGUGCUCUGGCCCGCAGUGCAGAUUUUGAACUUCCGAGUCAUCCCCAUUCAAUUUCAAAUUCCGUUUGUUUCUUCAAUCGGUAUUGCGUGGACCGCAUACCUUUCCUUGACAAACUCGUCUGAGGAGUCCUGA